CACAGCCUGGUGAUUGACUGUACUAUUUAUGGCUGUGACUUGAUCAUAUGUACUGUAUUUGUGGCUCCAUUUGAUCUUCUUCUUUGUGCAGGAAGUUUGUAGUUUGAGACUCCGCUCUUUGCUGCUUCAAUAAUGAUGCCUAAAGGAGGAGGGCUGUCUGAGCUGAAAGAAGCCACCGCUGAGGUUCAGCAGAUCUGCGAUGAGAUGAAGGUUCACGCAGAGCAAAAAGCAGGAAGAACAUUUGACAUCUUCACUGCUAAAUCGUACAAGUCACAGGUGGUAGCUGGGACAAACUAUUUCAUCAAGGUGCAUGUGGGUGGUGAGGAAUGUGUUCACCUGCGUGUCUAUAAGAAGCUGCCUUGCGAUGGAGAAAACCUGGAACUUCAUGGAGUACAGUCUUCCAAAGCCCAUGAGGACCCCAUCGAACACUUCUGAACAUGUAUUCCAUUGAUAAAGAAGCAGAAUUGAAGCAGCACUAACACUCACAAACAGGAAGUGUGUUUGAAUUUGUAUUUGGAAUGUCACAUGGGUAAAGUUGGGUUUAUUCUGUAUUGAUGCCUGAACAAUGAGCUGCUUGAGUCAAUAAAAUGUUAGUGAUAAUUA